AUGUUGGCGGUUGCACUCCCUAAGGAGUCCCACGAAGCCACGAUGUGCAAAGGGUUCAGUUCCACUCUGAUCGGACCUUCCUUGCAAUGGUACAUCAAUUUCCCUACCAGGUUCAUAUCUUCCUUCACAGGCCUGAGCGACAAAUUCGUGCAGCAAUUCGCAAGUAGUAGGAGCCUGGAGAAGACUUCAGAUGGUCUCUACGAGAUCCUCAAGCAUCGAGUGGAACCCCUGCGAGACUACAUAGCCCGCUUCAACCAGGAGAAAGUGGCGGUCCCCGAAUGCAUCAUCCCUACCGCGAUCUCUGCCUUCAAAAGAGGUCUACUUCCAGAUGGGGGGGCUAUACAAAGAGUUGACCAUGUACCUUUGCAAGACCAUGGAAGAUGUGUUGUCUCGAGCCUAGGCGCAUGUGAAGUGGGAGAAGAUGUUGCUAGCUAUGCCAAGGCUCAGCCAAAGCAGGACCAAAGGUCAGCCCGAUCAGAUCGAGGAGACCGAGAGGAAAGAUCCUCCAAGAAAGGAUCCAAAGACUCUGGUAGUAGGAACAAGGGCAGGUUUCAGUACCGGCCUCAAGAGAAAAAAGAAGGGAUGUCGGUAUCUACCUGGCCCGAUAUCUCCCAUCUCUCAGUAUCAACACCAGAGCUAGUCAACGCACUGAGACAGAUGGGCCAACAGGUUCAGUGGCCUCUAAAGAUGAAAGCACCUGACUCGUUCCGGAACCCGAAACUUUGGUGCGACUUCCAUCGCGAUCAUGGCCACAAAACCAAAGACUGCAUCGCCCUGAGGAUCGAGAAAGCCAAGGCCCACCUCAGAAAAGAGACAGCAUGGAAAUCCAAAGGAGCUGCACCAACCUCACCACCUCGCCAAGAUCGGGUGAUCCAUGUCAUAUCCGGAGGUUCAGAAGUAAGAGGAGUGAGCCACGAAUCCGCAAAGAAAAGCACCUGUAACUCUAAGCAUGGUCUGGAAACGAUCCAACCAAAGCGCCUACUUCUAGGCACCGACGAGAUAAGCUUCACAGCUAAGGAGCAAGAGAAGAUCCUAGCUCCCCACCAUGAUGCUCUAGUUAUCUAUCUCACCGUAGCAAACUGCUUGGUGAAAAGAAUACUAGUAUACAAUGGCAACUCCAGCAACAUUAUCUUCCAGACGGCAUACCAAUAUCUAGGGCUGGAGGAGAGCACCUUGACGCACAAGGUAACACCGCUCAUCGGGUUCUGCGGCGAGGUCAAGCAAACCGCCGGAGAGGCUAUCCUCCCAGUAUACGCUGAAGGGGUCAACAUGUCUACCAAAUUCCUGGUCGUAGAUUGCCAAUAA